AUGCUCAACUUCGUGGAGCGCCUGUUGUGUGGGGUGGUUGCUGCUGGGCCCGUGCCUUCCCACGUGGCUUUUGUAAUGGACGGCAACAGAAGGUUCAGCAGCAAGCAGCAGCAAGCUGCUGCUUACGGCCACAGCUGCGGCGCCCACGCCCUCAAAACUGUGGCUGCAGCUUGUGCUGCUGCGGGUGUUCGGGUGGUUUCUGUUUUUGCUUUUGCUUUGGCCAACUUCUACAGAAACCCUCCCGAAGUCGAAGCCCUUUUGAGUUUGGCGGAAAACACUUUCAAAGAUCCCCAGUGGAUUCGGGGGUUUCUGAUGGCGGAGGGCAUUCGCCUAGCUGUUGUGGGGGACCUCUCCUUUGUGGGGCCCCAGCUGCAAGCAGCAGCAGCAGCAGCAGAAAGAGAGACGCGCAGCAACAGCAGAAUGCUGCUGCGCAUUUGCGUCUCCUACGGGGCCAGACACGAGGUCUACAGAGUCACGGCCCCGCUGCAGCAGCAGCAGCAGCAGCAGCAGCAACAGCAACGGGAUCUGCUGGCGGUUUCAGGUGUACGCGCACCGCUGCCAACAGAAGCAGCAGCAGCAGCAGCAGCAGAAGCACCAGCAGCAGCAGCAGCAGCAGCAAGUGACUAUACGCCGCCGCCUUUGCUGCCUCCAGAACCUCUUUGUAUACAGCUGCGCUCUUCACUAACAAAGGGCCUCUUGAAGGCCGACAAGCCCACAAGCGAGCUCGGCAAGGCGUUCUGGCGGGCGCUGCAGGGAGGAGACUGUCCCCUCCCGGAGUUGCUGAUUCGAACUUCAGGGGAGGCCAGGCUUUCAGACUUCCUUCUCUGCGAGGUGCAGCAGCAGCAGCAGCAGCAGCAGCAGCGGUAG